AUGAGAUUCACUAGGCUACCUGAGCUGCUUUCAUCGAUGGCAGAGGAGCUCAACGACAUCGCACGAACAAAAUACACGAAUAUUCCCUCAUCUAACACACCUGCACCCCUCGUUGAUCAUGGAGACAUCCGUUGCAUCAUCAGACGCUUGUCGGGCGCGAUGCUUGAGCUAGAUGACGCAUUAGGCGCUCUGCUCCGGUUCAAGUCCACUCUCAACGACUCCUUCUUGCAUCAUACCCGAUUAGUCUCCAAGAUAAACGACAUUCCAACAGAAGUCAUGGGUAGUAUCUUCUCCCAUGCAGCCAAGCGGAUUACCGGGGACGAGGCGCGCACACCGAUAUGCUCCAUAGAGCAGAAUUUUACUCAGGUGUGCAAACGCUGGCGGGAGAUCGCCGUUGCGUCACCUUUUCUGUGGAACCUGAUUAAGCUGGAUUUUCAAGAAGAGAAGGAUGAGAAGAUAACACAGCCAUCAUUGGAGCUACUCGCUCGCUCAGGAUCCGUCCCCGUUCACCUCACCAUCUUCACCAGGAGUUCCUUCGGAUUCUUGCGCCAAGAAUACGGCGAAAUACUAGAUCUUUUCUUCAAGAAAUGCGCUUCCGUGGAGAUAGUUCAGUCUCAAAAUCAUCCUUUCGAGAAAUCGCACAUCCAGGGGCUGAUAAAUUCCAUUCCCCGACUCAAGAUACUCACGUUGACGAAGGGAGGCGUCACUGGUGAUACUCUACAAACUUUCCAAAAUUUACAACACCUCUCGCGCCUUAGGCUCAGAUUGAUAUCUCUCAGCAUGAGCGAUGUGGAAGCCUUCGUCAGCGUACGAUGGGGAUCUCUCAAGUCACUCAUCAUUGAUGGAACUCCUGCCUUUCUGAUCAAGGAUACCAUCAACGAAAAGUUUCCAAGUCUCGAGGCUCUCUUUUUCCACACAGACCGCAUAGAUGUCGCUAUUUCACCUUCGUCCCUAGUAAAACACACUAAACUUCGCAAACUCGGGAUUUCCGUCCCCUACCUUGAGUACAGCCCGUUAGGCAGGUCCACGAAUACUGCCACAUAUCGCCUUCUAGACCAAUUGGACCUUCCUUUGCUGAACACCCUGGCGAUAUCCGCAGCCAGCAGCCAACACCUAGAUCGUUUGGCACAGUACGACCGAGACCUGGCCUGCCCGCUGGAAAACAUAGAGAUACUUAUAGGAUCGGCCGGAUCAGCACGCGUUACUAUGGUGGACGAAAGUAUGGUUCAAAGCAUUCUGCCAAAGGCCAUAAUCACCAAAGGACACCCGUCGCGAGUGCUCUCUGACCUUUACGCAGAGUGGCUGGCGGAGUACACGCCUUAUUGA